AAUUGACGACCUUGUUGUGUCAAGUGUUGAAUGCCAAUCCACACUGGCACUGUGGCACAUAAUAGUCGCCAGCUUCUCCAGACCUAACCACCCUUCAAGCUCUCAAUUUUUUGAAGUUGCACUGGGAACCGAGAGCUCCUUAUUGGCAAAUUUAAAAAUACCUCCCUUGUCGCGGAAGAUCGCUCGAAAAACAUCCGCCAGCAUCGGACAUCAUCAUCAGCCAUCGCCGAGUUUCACAGCCUGAAUAUGUCCUCUACAGAAGAGUCGCCGGCUCAACGGGCAGCCAGGCUGCGCCGUGAGCGCCGCGAGGCCAAAAUUCGCGAAGGUGGUGCAGCACGCUUGGACAAGAUUACAAGCUUGAGCGGACGGGCACCGCAAAGUGCUCGCGAAGAAUCGUUCUCCGCCCCAUCACUCUCGCCCUCACCCUCACCCCAGCCUCCUGCACCUGUCUCCGUUCCCGAAACAGGGGCACCCCGUCAAACACAACCAGCACCCGAGUAUAUCAGGGCCCUCCUGCGCCAAAAUGCACCGCCUGCAGCCCAGGAAGGCCCUGAUGAAGACCCCACGAUGAAACUGCUCAACUCCCUAAUGGCGGGUGGGAUGCCAGGGCUGGACCAAGGCGCAGGCGGCGGCGGCGGCGACGGCGCCGGACCCGGAGUCUCGCAAGCAGAACUGGCAUCGGCGCUCGGCCUCCCGCCAUUUGUCUCGAGCAUGCUCGGCGCAGCGACACGACCCAAGACGGACGAGGAGAAGCGGGAGAUCUGGACGUGGAAAGUGCUUCACGUACUCUUCUCCGUUGUCAUGGGGGCUUAUUUCCUCGUGGUUAUUAGCGCGUCUGUCGCGACCUACGGAAGCCAGCCGCCGCCUCCUGCGAGGGCACGGAACCCAUUCGUUCUCUUCACGACGGGGGAGAUGGGGCGGGGGCUGGCUGGGCCUGGGAUGUGGAUUCAAUUGUUCAGGGAUGUUAUCCAGGACGGCAGUAUAGUGCUAUUCUUGCUUGGAAUGAGCGCUUGGUGGCAUCGAGAUUGGCUGGCUUCUUAGGUAGCCAUGGCGUAGUUGACUCGAGGGGUUCGGUCCUCAUUGACUAGUGGGUUUGAAUUAUUCCGCAGCUUACGAAUGCAUCGAAACAGGCUCAAACGUUUCUCUUGUGCAUGAUGAUUUAAUUACGAAUUUUAUUGGGAUUGGGGCAGUCUGUAAGCAUAAACACUUCCCCAUCUAGUCGAUUGACUUACUGCAUAAGAGUGCUUCACAUUCAAUUGCCU